AUGGCUUACAGGAUGUCCCUUGACGAGCCUGCAAGGCCGAGGAUGUCUCUUGACGAACCUAUUCGUCGCCGCGGCUCGCCCGCCUUGGAGACGGUGCCAACAAGGGCAUUGGGCGCCCUAAGCUUGAGAUUCGGCCGCACCAUAUCAACAGCCUCAUCAGAAUCCCGCGCUUCCAGCUCCGAUGCCUCAUCAUACCGAUACUCUCUUGACAACGAUUCCUACUCACGACAGUCAUCGGCCAGCUAUACAUCGGCCCCAUCAGUAACAGACAGAAAGUCCAAGCGUUAUUCAUCGGCAAGCUUCUUUGGUGUCGGUAAAUCAAAGCGACGAGGAUAUUCGAGGCCUGAUGGGACCGAUUUUGCAGAGAGUGCCAAGCACAGAGACAGUGUUUUGAGCUUGGGAAGCAUUACUCACCUUCAGCAUUAUUUCGCUAGGACCGGAUUGUUGGAUGGAAAGGGAGGGCAGCUUGCCAGGAAAAGAAAUCCCAGAGCUACGCUGGAUUUCUCACAAGUCGAUAUGCCAGCACUCCUUUCGCCCAUUGUGUCGGGGUAUGACUUUGACUCGCCAUAUGCUUCCCCCAUGAGCACGAGUCCAGACUUCAGUUCCAUCCAUGGCUAUUUUGCUCAGUCACCCGUUACAGAUAGUGCUGUCUUCUACUCGGAUGACGAAGAAGAAGAUGAGGCGGACGCCAAUAUGCUCCCUCCAACCACCAGUACCUACAAACACAGGGAAAAGCACAUUCCCAAGCCGCCGACAAAUGCCGAGCUCAAGGCUGAGCUGAACUCGGCUCUCGAUACUGCUGCCAAGUCACUACGCGAGUCUGCAGCGGCAACUGCUUCAUCUCGCGCGUCAAUUGUGAUUACAUCGCCUGACAAGACUGCCGCUCAUGGACAGGGCUGGUAUGAACUGCAAGGUAUGCAAAUCCUUGACGUCAUGACCUUGGCUAUUCGUGCCGCCAAGGUAUACUACACGACCCAUGACCAUCCCGAACGCCUGGAUACGAUCAAAUCGGAAAAGGCGGUACGCUCGGAGCUUUGGAAAGUCAUGGAGGUUUUGAAAAACAUGGCGACACGCAACUUUAUUGGGGGUAUGCAUGACAACGAGCAUGACACCAUGGUCUCCUGGAUUGGGAGCAUCCGCUCAAUGCUCAAGCAAGAAGAAGAACUUGAAGCAGCAGAUCGGGCAGAGAGGGCCGGAUGGACUUGGUUGACUGGCAACUGGACCGGCCGAGAGAUUGAGCGUGAAAUCGUCUUCCUUACCGCGAUGAUGCCCGAGGAUGAGGUCUUGCCCUCAUACACUCCUAUUACCGACUCUAUAGAGCUGCCGACGCCAUUUCUUCAGAGUAUGCAGAACGGACUGCGCCUUGUACAGCUUCACAAUGCAGCAGUCAGAAAGUCCAAGCGACGGUUCGGCGCGAUUGGCAAUUUCCACACAGAUACGCAGAAGCCCUAUAGAUGCGCCGACAACUUGCGCUACUGGAUCAAGGCAGCCGAGUUGCGAUGGGAGAUCGUCCUUAAAGUGGACGUCAUGGGCAUCGUCUACAACCGUGACAGACAAGUAUGGUUGGACUUUGAGCAAGCAAUCUGGACAUGGUGCCGCAAGGUACGGGAGGAGAUUGCAUCCGAGCUGGCAAAGGAGGGCUGA